AUGCCCGUCAACAUCAUCGCCCAGGCCUUCGCCGAGGGCAUUGAUUCCAUUCCCUAUGGCUGGACCAUAAUCAAGGCUGCGGCCGUCUUUGCAGCCAUUUAUGCGCUGAAAUGGUUCUUCAAUGGCGCCAACAACGCCUCCGAGAGAAACAUGCACUCCAAGGUGGUCAUGGUCACGGGCGGAACAACCGGUAUAGGUGCUGAAGUAGUCAGAGGCCUGGCGUCUCGCGGUGCACAAAUUGUCCUCCUCGUCCGACAGCCACUCGUCGACCCCUUUCUCGUCGACUUCAUCGAAGACCUGCGCACGGAAACUGGCAACGAACUCAUCACUGCCGAGCAUGUCGAUCUCGAAUCUCUGCACAGCAUACGCCAAUUCGCAACAAAAUGGGUCGAUAACGCACCGCCUCGACGUCUGGACAUGAUUGUUCUCUGUGCAAAUACCAUGACACCCCCUGGGAAAAAAGCAACGCAGACAGAGGAUGGCUUGGAAUCGACCUGGGGGGUGAACUACAUCGCCAAUUUCCAUUUAUUGAGUAUUCUUAGCCCAGCGCUUCGAGCACAGCCUCCUGAUCGCGAUGUUCGAAUCAUCUUCGGUACCUGCUCUUCAUACAUGGGAGGAAAGCUACCGGGCUUAGAGGACAAGUCGAAGAAGAACGCCAAUAGUGAGCCUGGACAGCUGGAUUUUACGCCAUCGACUGUGUACGCAACAUCGAAGCUUGCCCUCAUGACGUUUGCUGUCGCCUUUCAGAAGCAUCUCUCCAAGUAUGACCGUCCCGACAAGAAACCAAUGAAUGCGCGCGUCAUCAUGGUAGAUCCGGGCUGGACACGCACACCUGGUAUGCGACGCUAUCUGACCUUUGGUACGCUUUGGGGUCUGGCACUAUACACUAUUACAUGGCCGUUUUGGUGGAUGGUCCUGAAGAGUGCCGAUCAAGGUGCACAAACUUUCCUCUACGCUGCCAUGGAGGCCCAGUGGGGUAGGGGCGAGGGUGCAUAUUUCCUCAAGGAGUGCAGACGAUCCAUCUGGAACAGGAAAGAUAUCGACGACGAGCUUCUGCAGAAGAAGCUAUGGGAAAGCAGUGAGAAGACGAUUGAGAUUCUUGAGAAGGAGAGCGCGAAGAGGAGAGCUGCUGAGAAGAAGCAAAAGGAAAAGGCUGAGGGUAAGAGCGCUGCGAAGGCGACCAAUGGACAGACCAAAAAGGCCUAG